AUGUUUCUUCAUUUUGGAAUAUUACUUCUUUUGUCCCAAGGAAUCUUUGGCGAAGUGGACGUUUCGGAAGCUAUAGAUGGAGACAGCCGAAUAAUAGGUGGCCAAGAUGCCACUCCAGGCAUGGCUAAGUACCAAGUUUCAAUUCGUGUUCAAAAAGGAAAUCAAGAUUUGCACAAUUGCGGGGGAUCUAUUAUAAAUCAACAGUACGUCUUAACUGCCGCGCAUUGCAUUGUUGGGUGGCGUCCCAACGUGAUGUCUAUAGUAGUUGGCAGUCACCAGAUUAAAUCAGGUGGCCAGCGUUACAAGAUUAAGAAAUUGAUGCCUCAUGAACAGUUCUCAAAGGUGACAGCGAAGAAUGACGUAGGUGUCAUACAAGUCGAAGGCAGCAUCCAAUACAACAACAAUGUUCAACCAAUUGGGUUGUCCAACCGUCAGGUACCCGUUGGAACGACAUGUCUUUUGACCGGUUGGGGAUUAGUAAACAAAGAAAAGAACAUUGUUCCGAACAAUCUUCAAAUGUUGUUUUUCCGAACUAUAAGUAAUAGCGAUUGCACUAGACAACUGUCACGCACGAAUAAUAAGCCAUUUAUGCCUAUCGAUAAUGGACAAAUCUGUGCUGGGCACCCGGACCACCAAGGCACAUGCCAAGGUGAUUCCGGUGGGCCCCUCGUUAUUAAAGAAGGUAACAAUUUUGUUCAAAUAGGAAUCGUGUCCUGGGGAAUUCCUUGUGGCCAUAAAUAUCCUGAUGUAUAUGCUUCAGUCCCUGGUAACUACAAUUGGAUACAGAGCAAAAUUAAGUGA